AUACAUAUUACGAAUUUCAAAUUGCCCCCUCUCGUGCUUCCUUUCCUCAUUUAGGUUUUCGCUCUCUCCCUCCUGCUAGUCGCCGAAAUCGCCAUGGCUCCCGCCUCCUGCCCGCCGACGGCGACGCCGCUGGCUGCAUCCUCGUCCCCGAUAGACUCGCCAUCGCUCAAGGCAGCCAUCGCAAUGGCUCUCAUCCAGUACAAACGCCUCCCCUCGACAACCGCCGCCGCCGCCGCCGCGGGCACCACCUCCCCGCCUCUUAUCCACUGGAAGCGCAAGGCCAAGGAGCGGAAGCGCGAGAUUCUCCGCCUCCGCGAAGAGCUCAAGCUCCUCCAAGAUGGGGUGCGCGGGGAGGCGAUGGAGCCGCCAGUUGCAUCAUGCCGCUGCCACUUCUUCGACGGGUGCAGCGACCUGCAGCCGCUGCCGCCAACGGGUGGAGGGGAGCAUUGGGUCGACGAGGUGCUGCGGAGGAGGUUCCUCAGAUUGGCGCGGUGGAAGGAGAAGCGACGGAGGCUGGAUCGAUCUCUUCCGGUCACUAGUUUGAUGGAGAUCAAUAGCGAGGAUGAGAUACAACAGCUUAGCUUGUCGACUGAUUUCCUGGUGGAGCUAUCAGAUGGGAUAUUUGCAAAAAGAGAACCAUGCUCCACAUUUGCUACAUUCUCUCACCAAGCAGUAGACUUCAUUUUGGCUUUACUGAGGAACAUUCUAUCGUCGAAAAGGGAAAAGCAACUGGUUGAGGAGAUAAUUGAUGGUUUAGUGGCACGUUUGAUGAAAAGGAUGUGCACCAUUCCUGAAACUUCCGGACCAGUUGACUGCUCAGAUGCCCAAUUCAAUGUGCAGCACUUGUUCCGCAAAUUAGGAAAUGAAGAAUUCGUUGGUCAGCGGAUAAUCCUUGCAGUUUCUCAAAAGAUCUCAAAUGUAUCAGAAAGCUUGCUUCUCAUAGAUCCGUUUGAUGAUUCCUUCCCUGAUAUGAAUGACAAUAUGUUCAUUAUGAUUCAAUUAAUCGAGUUCCUCAUAUCUGAUCACAUGAAAAAUUGGCUAUGUUGCGAGCAAUUUGACAAAAAAAUAUUUGAAGAAUGGGUCAGAUCUAUUCUGAAGGCACGCAAGGACCUGGAAAUCCUAGAAAACAGAAAUGCGCUGUAUGUGGUGUACAUUGAGCGAGUGGUCGGAAGGUUGGCGAGAGAGGUGGCUUCUGCUGCUCACCAGGGGAAGCUGGACCUGGAUGUCUUUUCCAAACUUCUGUGCUGAUCACUUCCAGCCUCAGACUUGAAAAUGUAUUACUCACAAGUUACUUGACUGACCUUUUUCCAGUUCGUUUUUACUCCAGAAAUUUGCUAAUAAAUCUAUUGUUUUGCUGUUCCA